CCGGCUGUCGGCUACUGUUGGCAAGGCCCGCAGUUCUGCAUCCCACACACAAUCCUUGCGGCCACCCACCAGCGCGGCUCACCCCACGAUACCUCAUCGGGCUGCCAGUCUCGGCCAACCUGCCGGCACGUCAUCGCCACCCCUUACCCCCUAGGCUACCUCCACCCCACCUUGGCCCCCAGCUCUCAAGGCUUCCUUCCUUGUUACAGCCUGAAAAUCGGGCAGGGGAGCCAGUUAGAGCACGCCUAGGACACGCGAAGAGGUACCGCUUGACGCAGCUUUCGCAGGUCAAGCCUGUCAGAGAGAAAGUGGCUUCAAGCCCUACAACCCUGCAACGUGUCCGACAACACAUCACCGACUCUAUCCCCGCUGUGCGAUCUGGCAGUCCAAGGAAUUUACAAGAAGCCGGCAUCCGCUGCAGGUAGCCAAAUAUGUCCGACUCUCCCCAAUCCAAUCCAAAGGAUGUCGAACAAGGUGCACCGUCGGGUGACGAGGAAGCACAAAUCAUGAACGACCCUCAGGACCCACACUCGACCGGGCUCGGCUAUGAGUUCGAGGUGAAGGAGCAGGACCGGUGGUUACCCAUAGCCAAUGUGGCUCGCAUCAUGAAGACGGCGCUCCCCGAGAAUGCCAAAAUUGCAAAGGAAGCAAAGGAAUGCAUGCAAGAAUGUGUCAGCGAGUUCAUCUCGUUCAUUACCAGUGAAGCAUCCGAGAAGUGCCAUCAGGAAAAGAGGAAGACUGUGAAUGGCGAGGACAUUCUCUUCGCGAUGAGCUCUUUGGGAUUCGAGAAUUAUGCUGAGGCUCUUAAGAUUUACCUCUCCAAGUACCGCGAGUCCCAGUCAAAUAGGGGCGAGAACCAGCAGAACCGGCCCAACAGCCAAGGGUACGGCGCCACCGCCGGCUCGAACUCGGCGGGUGGAUUCGGCGCCGGUCUGCCUGGCCAGCAGGAAAGCGCGGAUGCGCAGGGUUAUAACCUCUACGGCGCUCAGCCUGGGCAUAACGGUGCGGGGACUGACUAUUGACCGUCCUCGACCAGAGUCCUGCAUGGCCCGCGCCCAGCCGUUGGAUUUACUUGGAGUGCUUUUGACUUUCUCGCGUUUGUAUAAGUACGACCCGGUCUGGGGCGGCAGGUCAGCCUUCUCUACGCUGUCGCUGUCUACCUGUGCCGGAGAGAGUAUACAUUAGGGCUGGUGGG